AUGUCUUCUAUAUCCGCCCUUCAAGCUCGCCUAAAAGAGCUCUCGACAUCGUUGGCGCAGAUUCAUCCUCUCGUGUCCCGAUUGCGGAACUUUACGACCGCCGUUGGGCAAGGCGAUGAAGCUCGGUUAGAAUUAGGGGCGGAGAUCCAUAGUCUGCUGAAAGAGGCAGAGAUACAAUUGGAGGUCUUGAGGGUUGACGUUGAAGCAUUAGAAACUGCCCCAGAAGGCAGACGGAAAGGAGUGGAUAACGAGAAGGAGUUAGAACGGGAACGGGUUGUUGCGUUGGCAGGGAGAUUAGCGGAAGACUUGAAAAAAACGAGAGGAGACUUCCGAAAUGCGCAAUUACAAGCGAAGCGGAAUGCGGAAAUCGCCAAGCGCAAAGAAAGGGAAUUGCUAUUUUCGAGAUCUCAGAGCGCUGAAAGGAAGAGGGAAUCGACUGAGAAAUUGACACAAGAUGAUGUUUUACUCAAUACCUCAAGUGAUGUUACCGUGGCAUUGCGGAGAACGCAUCAUCUGAUGCAGGCAGAGUUAUCUAGAAGUCAAUUUGCGCAAGAGACACUAGAGCAAUCGACCGCUGCGCUUUCAUCGCUAUCAGAAUCUUAUACAAGCCUUGAUACUCUUCUAUCAUCGUCACGGAACCUUGUUGGUUCACUGCUUCGCUCGCAAAAGUCCGACACAUGGUAUCUUGAAACUGCGUUCUACAUUCUAAUUGGCACCAUUGUAUGGCUUUUGUUUCGCCGAAUAUUAUACGGACCUAUGUGGUGGCUUGUAUGGUUGCCGAUUAGGUUAGCAGCGAAGUUCGUAUUCACAAUCUUGGGCGCGGUUGGCCUAUCCAGCAAAGCCGUUCAGCCUUCCCCGUCUGCUGUUCCUAGCGAAAGCUUAGCCCAGGAGGUGCCGCUUCCGACUCUUGAGGCCGAGGCAAAUGUUCAAACUGCCGACGGCCAAGCUAUCUGGGACAUACCUCCCGUUGCGGAGGCAAAAGAAGACCGCAUGAUCGAUCAUAUCGGUAACAUGGUUGAGGACAAUGAAGAGAUUGAUGAGACUAACAUUGAUGACAUUUCACCAGAAGAGAAACAGAGGCAAGCGGAACUCCCUCAAAAUACGAAGAAAAGGAUGUAUGAGGCUACCGAACAGAAGCUGACAGAUGGAAAAGAGGAACAUGCGCAGCAACAGCCUUGGGUUGAAAAAUACCGUCCAAAGACGCUAGAUGAUGUCGCAGCUCAGGACCAUACAACAAACGUUCUCCAACGAACAUUACAAGCCUCCAACUUGCCUCAUAUGCUCUUCUACGGCCCUCCCGGUACCGGAAAGACAUCAACAAUUCUCGCCCUCGCGAAGUCCCUAUUUGGUCCUGCUCUGUAUCGUUCACGUAUCCUUGAAUUGAACGCUUCGGACGAACGUGGUAUUGGCAUUGUACGUGAAAAGGUCAAGGGCUUUGCUAGAGUACAACUCAGUCACCCUACCGGGGUCGACAAGUCAUACUUCGAGAAAUACCCAUGCCCACCGUUCAAGAUCAUUAUCCUUGAUGAAGCAGAUAGCAUGACUCAGGAUGCUCAGUCUGCUCUUCGACGCACAAUGGAAACCUAUAGCAAAAUCACACGUUUCUGUCUUGUUUGCAACUACGUUACCCGAAUCAUUGAACCGCUGGCCAGUCGAUGCAGCAAGUUCCGUUUCAAACCGCUGGAUAACUCGGCUGCGGGCGACAGACUUGCACAGAUUGCGAAAUUAGAGAACCUGGAGUUGGAGGAUGGUGUCGUUGACAAAUUGAUUCAGUGCAGCGAUGGUGACUUGCGACGUGCAAUCACAUACAUGCAAAGUGGAGCUAGGCUAGUGGGAACCACUGGGAACAGCGGUAAACAGGAUGGAGGGGAAGACGCUGAGAUGACAGAUGCUAGCUCACAGGUGAUUACUGUGAGGAUGGUAGAGGAGAUUGCUGGUGUGAUCCCAGAGAGUGUUCUAGAUCAAUUGGUUCAAGCUAUGCAACCAAAGAAGAUCGGUUCUUCCUAUGAGGCCGUCUCGAAGGUAACUACGGAUAUUGUUGCGGAUGGGUGGAGUGCGACGCAGCUGCUUGCACAGCUUUAUCGCCGAGUUGUUUACAAUGACGCCAUCCCUGAUAUUCAGAAGAACAAGAUCGUCAUGGUUUUCUCCGAGAUGGAUAAGCGCUUGGUCGACGGUGCAGAUGAACAUCUGUCAAUCUUGGACGUGGCUCUGAAGAUCUCUGGUAUCUUGGGCGGUGCCUAG